GGCUUCCUUUCUCCUUUCAAAAGGCACUGCUGAGAGCUCUCCACUAAGCUGAACCUUCUUAAGAAGGAUAUUUUGCCUCCUUUUUGUGGUGGAGGAACAAAAGGAAAGAACAAAAGAACUCAGAGUAACCCCCAGGAUCACAGUUUUCAGACUAAAGAGUCCUGCUGCCCUUCCAGCCUCUGGACAACUAAAACCUGCUCCAGUUUCCCAAGAGUCGUGUUUCCUGGAUCUGGUGCUUAAGGUGAUUAUGAGUGAACAGCAGGGCCACGUGAACAGCCUAUUCCUGAAUGAGGACUCCACCAAGCAGCACAGCAGUGAGGGCUGGAUUCAGCACUUCCAAAAGGCAGUGCAGAAGCGGACAGCACGGGCCAAGAAACGGGUGUCUACUAUCACUAAGGACCAUGCCAAGGGCUUUCUCAGGAGAAAUGCUUUCGUCCUUUUCACCAUCGCUGCUGUUGUACUAGGGAUCAUUCUGGCCUUUGCUCUCCGACCCUACAAGCUGACCUAUCGCCAAAUCAAGUAUUUUUCCUUCCCAGGAGAGUUGUUGAUGCGGAUGCUUCAAAUGCUGGUUCUUCCCCUCAUUGUCUCCAGCCUGGUCACAGGUAUGGCCUCACUGGAUGGUAAAGCUUCAGGGAAAAUGGGAAUGCGGGCUGUAAUUUACUACAUGGUGACCACCAUCAUAGCAGUCUUCAUUGGCAUACUUAUGGUGAUCAUCAUCCAUCCAGGCAAAGGAACCAAGGACAAACUCCAUCGGGAGGGGAAAAUUGAGCAGGUGCAAACAACUGAUGCCUUCAUGGACCUGGUGAGGAAUAUGUUCCCACCUAAUCUAGUGGAAGCCUGCUUCAAACAGUACAAGACCCAGUACAACACCAGGGUCCUCACCAGAACUGUCCUUCACAACAGCACCGCCACAGCAGAUGCCACCACCACUCAGAUCUCUGUGCCUGAGAAUAUCACUGGCAUCCUGGAGAAUGUCACACAUGCACUUGGGAGCAUCCAGGAGGUGCUGACCUUUGAGGAGAUCAUUCCUGUCCCUGGCUCAGCAAAUGGGGUGAACGCACUGGGACUGGUCGUAUUCUCUGUGUGUUUUGGUUUAGUAAUCGGUGGCAUGAAACAGAAGGGACGGGCCCUGCAGGAGUUCUUCAACUGCCUCAAUGAAGCCAUCAUGAAGCUGGUGGCCAUUAUCAUCUGGUAUGCCCCAGUUGGGAUAAUGUUUUUAAUUGCUGGAAAAAUUCUGGAGAUGGAUGACUUAGCAGUGAUGGGGGGCCAGCUGGGGAUGUACACAAUCACUGUCAUCGUGGGACUGCUUAUCCAUGCCCUUUGUGUUUUGCCGCUGCUGUACUUCAUCGUCACCCAGAAGAAUCCCUGGGUUUUCAUUGGAGGCCUUCUACAGGCUCUUAUCACUGCGCUUGGCACCUCCUCAAGCUCGGCCACUCUCCCCAUCACAUUCAGGUGCUUAGAAGGAAACAUUGGAGUGGAUAGGCGUGUAACUAGAUUUGUUCUGCCUGUGGGAGCGACUAUUAACAUGGAUGGCACAGCUCUGUAUGAGGCCCUGGCAGCCAUCUUCAUCGCACAAGUCAACAAUUAUGAACUUGACUUCGGGCAGAUCAUCACAAUAAGCAUCACUGCCACAGCAGCCAGUAUUGGAGCAGCAGGUAUCCCACAGGCAGGCCUAGUGACAAUGGUUAUAGUAUUGACAUCAGUGGGGCUGCCAACAGAGGACAUCACACUGAUCAUCGCUGUGGACUGGUUUCUGGACCGUCUCAGAACAGCCACCAAUGUACUGGGGGAUUCCCUGGGAGCUGGCAUAGUGGAACACUUGUCUCGGCAUGAGCUGGAAGCACAGGACAGUGAGCUUGAUAACUCUGUGAUUGAGGAUAAUGAAAAGCCCUACCACCUGAUCUUCCAGGAUAAUGAAACCCACAAACAUCGCAGCAGUGAGACAACAAUGUGAAACCAGGGAGCAGAGUACAGAUUAUUAAACCUCUAAAAAGUCAAGACUCAGAACAAACUUCAACAGUGGAGAAUGGAAAAAAGAAAUACACCCAGAAGCAAACUUUUCUCCCUCCCCAACAUUUCUACAAGAAGCCUGUCUUCCCUGUCUCUUAAAUUGAGGCUAAAGAGAAACAUUAAACCCUUUCCUUAUUUAGAGUUGGAUGUUUUUCUGAUGUUCCUGUUAGAGAAGCAGAACUAACAAGUGGUAUCUUUGUGCUCCACCCCAGACUAGGUUAGGAAUGAGAGGAAUGACCAAUUAGAUUAGGAACUUCCUCCUCUGUCUUAUUAGGCAAAAGGUUGGCACACCCUCAUCUCCUCUCUCUUAGCACCCAUUUACCUGAGCCACCACAUUUCUUUAACUUCCUUCUUCAUGUUUGUUUUCUUGACAUGCCUUUACCUGGCAUGUCAAGGAUUAAAGACCAAGACAAUGAUCUGCUUAGAAUUAUUUGCCAUUUUGGAGUCUCCAGUUAGAACCUGGUUGCUUCCAUGCUAUAUUCCCAUCAUUACACUCUUCAUUUUUGUGAAAGCCUGGCUCUCCAACUCCUGUUGGAAUAAUCCAGGAAUCAUACCGGAAUAAGUAACUGUCAGUGGGAGAGCUGGCCUGGGAACACACUUGAUGAUUCUAAGCUGAAACACUAACCAAACUUAUAACUGGAGCUAGAUCAGUGACUGGACUGUCACUUGGGUCAUGCUGAGGCACUGCCAUGGUAUUCUCAAUGUUUUGUUUUCCUACAGGGACACAGAGCCAAGCAAUGGUCCAGGCUUCCAUUGGUGUUUGGGCAUUAUGUUUACAUGGUUGGCAUGUAGCGUAUAGUCACUAUAUAGACCCUUCUUAUCAAUGUUGAAUGACAA